GAUAGUGAUCGCUGAUCAGGCGUAGUGUGAUAGCAGGGAGUGUGUGACUGCGCAUGCGUCGCGCCGCAGACUGCGAGCCCGGCGUGAAUCGAGGAGGAAGCGCAGCAUAUUUGGACUCUCUUUGCUUCUGUCUCUGACAGAGGACGACUGAGCCACCGUCCACCUGCCGUAUUCUCUCAUCGGCGGGACGGAAAACCGGACAGAACCGUGUGGUCGUGUGUUUUUGGAGUGUUUCAACACAAAGCCUCCAUGGAGUCUGAUGGGAGGAGAGGGCAGCUGAAGACGAACCUCAAACACUGAGACGAUCUCCACGAGGAUCCGAGCUGUCCCACUAUGGAGCUCAGCAGAUUGGUGACUUUCUGGAUUGUAUGUAUAUGCUUCUUGUUGGAAUGUCGAGCGGACAAAUCCAAUCAUGUAAGCCCAGACCCCUUACCAUCGGACAACGGUGUCUCAGAGUUUUGCCGCAUUGACGAGCUGCUCUGUCAGGAUGAGAUCGCCAUCCUCAGUUUUGAGGCCAUCCGCAGCAUUCACAAGCAAAUGGACGACGAUGCCAAUGGCAAUGUGGACGUUUCGGAAACCGAUGGGUUUUUAAGAGAGGACCUCAACUACCAUGACCCCAAAGCCAAGCACAACAGUUUCCACGGUGACGACCAGCUCAUAAGCGUGGAGGACCUGUGGAAUGCCUGGAAGAGUUCGGAAGUGUACAACUGGACAGUGGAUAAGGUUGUGGAGUGGCUUAUUGACUAUGUCGAGCUGUCACAAUAUGAAGAAGCCUUCCGGAAGUUGAAUUUCAAUGGUACAUCCAUGCCCCGAUUGGCGGUAAAGAACGUUACUUUGACACAGACCGUCCUGAAGAUUCUGGACCGGAGUCACUUUCAGAAACUGCAGCUCAAGGCUCUGGAUACCGUACUGUUUGGAGCUCCUAUGAUGAACAGACAUAACCAUCUGAAGGACUUCAUGCUGGUGGUGUCAAUAGUCAUCGGAAUGGGAGGCUGCUGGUUCGCUUACAUCCAGAACCGGCACUCUAAAGACCACAUGAAGAAGAUGAUGAACGACCUGGAUAGCCUCCAACGGGCGGAGCAGAGCCUUCACGACCUACAGCAGAAGCUACAGAUCGCUCAGGAGGAGCAUCGUUCAGUGGAGGUGGAGAAGGUAAACCUGGAGCAGAAGCUGAGGGACGAGAUCAACGCUGCCAAACAAGAAGCGCAGAGACUGAAGGAGCUCCGAGAGGGAACUGAGAACGAGUUGAGCCGACAGAAAUACGCAGAGGAGGAGCUGGAGCAGGUGCGUAUGGCCCUGAAAAAGGCAGAGAAGGAACUGGAGUCUCGCAGCAACUGGUCUCCUCCUGAAGCCCUGCAGAAAUGGCUGCAGCUCACUCAUGAGGUGGAGGUGCAGUACUACAACAUCAAGAAACAGAACGCAGAGAGACAACUGCAGGUGGCCAAAGAGGGGGCAGAAAAAAUUAAGAAGAAGAGAAAUACUUUAUUCGGGACGUUCCAUGUGGCACAUAGUUCUUCGCUAGAUGAUGUGGAUCACAAAAUACUUGCAGCCAAGCAAGCUCUGGGUGAGGUAACAGCAGCUCUGAGAGAGAGACUCCAUCGUUGGCAGCAGAUUGAGUUCCUAACAGGCUUCACGCUGGUCAAUAACCCAGGCCUGCCCUCUCUGGCCUCUGCCCUCAACCUGGACCCCAGCUUCAUGGGCGGCCGUGGCACACCCCAGCAUUUCAUGUCCGACGACAUGGAUGACAUGGAUGAGGACAUAGUGUCACCAGGAACACUUCAAUAUGCAGCGUGGCUAAUGGGUCGCCGAGCAAGUGAUCUCUGGUCUUUGAAUUCGGAUUGCCAGUCUUUUUGGAAGUACUCUGCUCCCAGUAUGAUGUCACUCCGGCAACGGCACAUUGACCCACAGCUGGCCAUGGGUUCGCAGAGGUUCGUAGAGAGUUGUCUCGCACUUGGUGGGCAGGAAGGGGAAGGUAGCUUGUAUUCAUCCAGGUCUAGGACGGCGCUACGCCAGGCACGCAGCCAAUCUUUUGGGCAGUUUGACGCUCUGGGACUGCCUCCUCUUUCCUCAGCAGUGUCUCAUCCUGCUAUCUACUUCGCUGCCUCAUCCCACACUCCCCACUCCUCUUCCGUCGCUACAGCCCCUCAUGCAUCCCACUAUCACUCUUCACAUUUCCAGCCCAUGGAAACCAUCCCAGACCUCCCCUAUGAUGCCAGCCCAGCGCGCCCCCGCCGUUGCGGCAGCUAUGGGGACUUGAAUCGCUCCGACUCCGAUUCUUCCUUGUGUAUAUCCCAGACUGGCGAGCAGCUACGCCUAUCCUACAGUUCCAAAGGCUUCCCUGUGAAGCCCACUUCACUCCUGCAUGGCCCCCAUUCACGCUCUGAAGAGGGAGCCCACUCCAACGCACACAACGGGGGCAACAGAGUUCACGAUUGGGGCGCAUCUCCCGAUGGAGGUCCUGAUAGUCCCAUAUUAAUGAAGAAGGUGUAUGGCAUAGAGAAAUCUGCCAGUAUGAGCGAGAUCCACGGCUCCCAGGCAGUGAUGUCCAUGUCGGAAUCCUCACGCUCCUUAAGCCCAAACUCCACUGAACCUGAUACGCCGUCCCCCACUGGACUGACUGAGGGGAAGGCUGGAAACCGCAUACCCCAGAUCUCUUCAAAAAAGAGCCCCCUAGAGGAGGACAGUGGCUCCACAGGUGAAGACACUGACUCUGCUGCCAGUCGCAAGAAACAUACCUUCAAGAUCUUCAAAAAACAGAAGAAAUAAGACAACUGGACAACAGUUUUGUUUUUCCCUUACUUUUCUUUUUGUCGUGUUGUUGAUAUAAAUGUUUUGAUUUAUUUUUUCCCCUUCUGGUCAGAAGUUACGGCACAACCAAACACCUUUCCGAGGUCUUUAUAUAAAUGUUUGCUUUUUCAGAGGAACACUUAGGAACAAGCUUGAUUUUGGGGGUGGGUGGGAACGAUACACCAGUGGGAACGGGAUGGACCUUUUUUGGGGAAUGUAACGCAUUAUUUAUUCAUCAGGAGACAGUACCAGACUUUCAAAGGAAUCUUCCCUCUGAUGGACUUUUCUUUCCUUGUAUAAUCUGUAUCAGUUUGCAUGUCUUCGCCUUUGUUUGAUUGAACUUUGAAUGCUCCUAGAUGUUUGCUUGGUUCUUGUUCCCCUUUGCUUAAAACGCGAAAUAGCCUGGUUCUUUAGUUUCUAUAAGCACACUCCUUUGUCUUUCAAGUUAAAAUGAAUUGUCAGCUGAACGUUUAAUUGUACUCUUCGAUAAGUGUUUGUCGAUGGUCAGAGAAACUGUAAAAGGGCUGAACUAUCAGUGUAAAACUCCCCUCAAUUAUGUUGCACUAUUUCUAAAUGUGGUUGUGUCGGUUUUGUAAAGAACAUUUAGAAUAUGCUGGAAUACGCACUAAAACGUUUACACAAACCAUGACACUGAACGUAUCUCCAAGGCAUCAGGGAUUUCUAGUAUGUUUAAGAAUUACACGAAUAGAAUAUUUGAUCAUUGUUGAUCAUUCCAAAUCAUUUAGAAAAUACAAGAUGGUUCAUGAAUGUGCACAUUAAUGUUUUUUGAGCAUUUACUCUUAACCAUGCCCCUGCUGACUGUUUCUAAUGACAUCAUCCAAAAUCCAAGUUCCCAAGAACACGUCUUUUUAAAAAAACAACAAAAAUAGAAAAUGUAAGGUGAAUGCAUACUUCACUUUGUUUAAAUUACAGAGUUAUUACAGCUUCAGCAGAUCUUGCCAUCUUGUAUUCAAAGUGCCAAACUAAAGCCACCAUCCAGAAAUGUAUACACUUCCCAAAGGUUGUAUUUCGGUUUUGUUAGAUCACUGAUCUGAGAUCUCAUCUUAAAUAGGUUUGCUAUAAAGGUGCAGAUUUUCCAAAUUGUGGUGGAAGGGUGGGUGUCUACAUUUACUUCUGACAUGUUAAAAGAGAGCUUGGAUAUAUUUUGUUCCUGCUGAAUUAAGUCAUAUAAUUUUUUUUUGACCCACAAGAAGUCGAAUCCUUGAUUUCAGGUGCUCUUUUAUAUCAUUUUAAAGCUAGACCACACACAAUUGCUGUUAUAAUGGAGUGACUUGCCUUUAAAUGGUCAGAUGUUGGGGCAGACGGAUUUUACCACUGUGCAUUUUCUGAGGAAGUGGAGACUGUUCUUCUUGUGGUUUACAUGAUGCUCACUAAGAUAAAAGUAUUUUUUAUCCCAGUGCACUGAAAAUUACAAGCACACUUUCUGAAAAGAGAGGGGGGUUAAAAAUCAAAAGGCUUCGUGAGGGAUGUCGCUAUGCAUUUUAUUAUUUUCUACCCACAGGCUUUGAAGGUCCAACGUAUCCACGAACCUGGAGGCAAACCAAAGCAGCGCUGCACGAAAAAUCUGUCAUUUCUUUUGUGAAAGAUGGUACAAGACCACAUCCAAAUGCAUAUCAACCAGUCAGUCUUUAACAGAUAUACAACUGUGCAGAUGUAUUUGUUUCAUCUGUGCCUCUUUUGCACGAAGCGGCUCUUGUCAGUGAGUAUGUCGGUGUGUUCGCAUCAGUCCGGUCCAGUAAACCGCACUUCACCGUGUUGAUGCAUGUUCUCAAACACGGACGGGAGAGACGAACUGUUUUAGACUCUGUUGCCCUUUAGAUAUUCCUGCUCACUUCUCCGUUUGCGCUAUUUAUGCCUAUACUGUACAGAAAGAGGUGGAGAAACAAAGUAAAAAUGAUCAUUUUGCAUCUUCUGUAAUGUUCAAAACUGUAGUCUUCAAAUUUUAUGGCACUCCUGCAUGAAAGCAAUAAAAAAGGUUUUAAAACGA